AUGAAAGCUGCUCUUGAACUGGACAGUCGGUUUGAAAGUGUAAAUAUGGCCCCAAGCUUUUGUAGGAAACGUCCUAGGACUCAGGAUGAUGAAUUAGACGAAUCCAUUCCAAUAUCCAAACGAAUCAACAGUCUCAACAUAGAAAGCCGUUCUGAUUGUUCUCCAGAAUCUGCUCCAAGCCCUGAUCCUGUGACUGCAGAGAAUGGACAUUCAGAUUUGUCUUUUAAACUUUGGCAGCAGCAACAACAGCAGCAGCUUCAGUCUGUGUAUGCUGCAGCCGACACGCGGUCCAAGCACUAUCAUCAGCAACAUUCAACCUCCUCAAUGUCCCUGUCUCCGAUCUUGGAUAACCCUCAUCCUAACCUGCAUUCCCAACAACAGCAGCAUUCUACUCCCGCCCACCUGCUCCACCCACAGCAUAAUGCCACAGAGCAGACAAUAAUGAAAAAAUACUCCCCAGAACUUGAUGAAUCUUCAAACCCUUAUUACUAUCACAUAAACGAGAUUCUGUACAAGGCUCACAUCGCACGCCUAGAACGGCUAGCCAAACCUCUUCAUUCACAAAGUCCACAUCACCACCACCAACAACAACAACAGCAGCCGCCGCCACCACCACCACCUUUCCCUUUCAACAGAUAA